AUGAUCCGACAAUUUCAACACCACAAACACCAUCUGACAGCGCACAGAGCACAGAGCGGGCAUGAUGAGACACAGAAAUCGAUUCGAGAUGACGAAACACAAGAGAAGCUGCCAGGGAAAGGCGCAAAGGACAGCCGAGGAAAGCCCGGCUCGAAAGAACUCUUGAAAAUGCGUAGAACGAAACUGAAGAAAGAUGUUUCACCGAGUGCCGCCGCUCCUCCAAAAGGCGUCCAAAUCAAGGCAAAGCCUGAAUUUUUCGAGGAACUUUUAACUUGGGUAAACGAAUAUGAGAUGGUGUUGACAACAGAAAAGGGACUCAUCGAAUUCGGAGGAAUCGAGGACGACAAUUACACAAGGCUCUGCUCUCAUGUCAAGCUCAAGAAUUCGACUCACUAUAUGCUUGCAACUUUAUAUUUGACUUUGAACGCUCCCGCGAUUCCUCCAGAUGCCGCUUUUUCCUACAGCAUCUUCCAAUUGCCGGUGAGCAAAGGUCGAGUGAAUUGGCUUCUUGAAGCGCCAAACGGAAACGAUUCGCGACUUCGAAGGUUCUGGAACGAGCAGAUCUCCUACCUGAAACCUCAAAAGAAAGGCGCACAGCAGCAAUAUCUUCUUCGAUUGCCUGUGUGUUUUGUCGCUGAAAAAAACGGAUGUGAUCAACGUCGUCAUCGCCAUGUGGUUAAACCGAUCAUUUACGUGGAUAAUCAAGCAAUCGCUGAGCCCGACUAUGACACGGAUCAACAAUCGAUGAAAAGCGAUCAAUUGCCAAGUGCUCAAGGA